CGGCGCUUGCGUGGUGACUACUAGUGGGAUGGCGGAGUUGGUGCCUUUCGUGGUUCCCACCCGAAGUAACAAAACCUUGCUGGUGUGGGAGCUGAGCUCCGGACCCGGAACCAAGGCCUUGCAGGUUCAUCUGGGGACCAGACAUAAGGGGUUCAACCUAAUGCCCUUCCCCUAAGCAUCUCCAGAUGCCAAGGAAUGGCCAGUUACUACUUUGGAUUCAAUGGAUGGUCAAAAAGAAUCAUAAAGCUUCAGGAUCUUUCUGACCUUGAAGAAAGGGAAAAUGAAGAUACUGUGGCACCACAUUAGAAGCAAAGCCUGAAGUUCUGUGCUUUAGAGGUGGUGUUGCUGUCCUAUGAGUGCAGGAGUCCUGGAGCUGGCAUGGCCGAGGAACCCUUGGAUAAGCUGGAGGAAGGGCCAUUAUCAUUUCUUGUGAAAAGGAAGAUAACCCAGAAGCUUGCUAUUCAAAAGUCUAUGACAGAUGCAUUCCAGAAACUGCUGAUUGUGGUUUUAGCAGUCUUAAAUUUGUUCUCUGUGGCAUUUCUGAGAAGAAUGACAGCAAGAAUUGUCUCCAGGGUACAAAUGUAGAAUGCCUUGUCUCAGUUCAUAUGGAAAGUGUUCGAUCCAGUUCUUCUUUCUUGAUUGCUUGCUUAUACAGAAAGCAGUAAAAUGGCUGCAGUGCACAGACCCUGUGAAGAGGUCACAGAUGCUAGAACUGAAGAGGAACUACAGGAUUUAAUCCAAGUCAGCUACUUUUCUUGGAAGCAUUAUGGUCAAGGGGAGGAAGAAUGUCUCUGAGAUUUCAGCUUUGAGGAGGAGGAGUUCAGAUGGCCAGAACUGGACUAGCACUUUUGAAUUUCCCUAAGUCUGGUUCCUGUGACUUCCUUGGGAAGCUCUGCAUCACCCUCGCCUCUGCCCCUGCGCUGCUGGAGUCUGGGCCCACUCUGGUCUGCAGCCCAAAUACUGCUUCGUUGUGCUGGGGGCCAGGCAGGGGUUGGAGAGAGGGCCCGGCAGGAGGAGUCAGCUGAGACUACUUCUGUACACGGAUGUGGAGUCAAAUGGAGAGCUGCCUGCAGGUAGAUGUUGCUGUUCCACGUCAAGGUGAGAAUGACAGGAUAACCCAGCAUCAAAAGCUCCCAGAGGAGGUUCCAGUGCUAGGCUGGGAUCAGAAUCAGGCCCCAGCUCUGUCUCGACCUAAAGGUAAUAAGAUCAAAGCUGUAGAUAUAGAUCUACCUUUGGAUCUUCUGGGAAGCCCAGAUCAGCCUCCAGAGCCCCCUGAGGAGGCUGAAAUGUCCUCAUCCCUGCAGGAGGCCCAGGCUCAGCGUCCAGAGCCCACUCAGGAGGUUGAGUCUCCACCCCAGCAAGAGGGUCCUGCUCAAAAUCCACAGACCCCUGGGAAGGUUGAAUCUUUUCCGCCCCAGGCAGAGGCCCAGGCUCAGCGUCCAGAGGACACUGAAGAGACAGAACCAGCUCCACUUCAGCAGGGGGCUCUGUCUCAGCCUUCAGAGGGCCCUGAGGAAGUAGGCGCUGCAGUCCCUUGGGGGGAGGGAGGGCUUCAGGAGCUUUUAGCUGAACAAUUAAGGCCUCAUGGUCCCAAUGAGAAUGAAGCUCAGCAGUCAGACCUGCACAGUGUCAGUGUUAACCCUGUGGAUCUGGCACUUACUAUAAAUCCAGAGGUCACUAAUGUGGUUGAAACUUCUCCAGUUCUGCAGGAGGCCCCCUAUCAGCCUCCAGAGAGCCCUGAGGAGGUGGAACCUUCUCCAGUCCAGGAGGAAGCUGCGUCUCAGCCUCCAGAGAGCCCUGAGGAGGUGCAACCUUCACUUGAGCAGGAGGCCCAGGCUCAGCCUGCAGAGCAUCCUGAGGAGGCGGAACCUCCUUCAUUCCCUCAGGAGGCCCAGGCUCAGCCUGCAGAGCGCCCUGAGUAUGACUCUGCCCCACUCCAGCAAGAGGCCCCAGCGCAAGUGCCAGGGUUCCCUGGUGAGACUGUACCUCAGUUUCCAGCGAGUGACGAGGCAGUAGCUCGACAUGGAAGUAAGUAUCCAGCUCACUCCAAGCUGUCCAGUGUUACACUUAAACCUGUGGAUUUGGAACUUAUGGUCACUCCAGAGCCUGCUAAGGAAGGCGAGUUUACUGCAGCCCAGCAGGAGCCCCGGCCUCAGCCUCCUGAAUAUUCUGUGGAGGCAGAACCUUCUCCAACCCCGCAGGAUGCCACAGGUCAGCCUCCAGAGCCUCCUGAGGAAGCUGAGCCUUCUCCAGGUGAACAGGGACAACCGGCUCAGCCUUAUGAGCCUAAUGGGGAAGUUGUACCCUUUUCAACCCAGCAGGAGAGCCCAGCUCAGCCCACAGAGCAUCCUGAGGUGGUGAAACCAGCCACCCAGCAGGAGAGCCCAGCUCAGUCUCCAGCAGAGAUAGAGCCUUCCGCAACCCAGCAGGAAAGCACAGCUCAACGUCCACAGUCUCCCGCUGAGGCCGAACCCUCUCCAGCUCAUUCUCAAGAUCAUGUGACAACAGCUUCUCCUCCAGGCCAGGAUCAAGCUCAGUCUCUGCAGUGGCCCAGUGUCACUGUUAAACCUGUGGACCUUGCACUCACCAUAACUUCAGGGCCCACAAGUGAAGCUGGACCUUCUCCGCCCCAACAGGAGGCCUCAUCUCAGUCUGCAGGGUCCCCUGAGCAGUUGGAACCGUUACUGGUCGAGCAGGAGGUUCCGGAACAGCCUCCAGCCCCCUCAGGAAAUGGUGAACCUUCUCCAGUCCAGCUUGAGCCCCCAACUCAGCCUCCAGAGACCUCUACAGCUGCCACAGCUCAACAUCCAGUACAUAAUGAGGUGACGUUCUCACCUGCAGGGCCAGGUGAAGCUCAGCAUCCAGUGAUGCCUAGUACCAUAGGCAAACCCCUGGAUCUCACAGUUGUCAUCACUCCAGAGCCUGCUAAGGAGGCUGAAAGUUCCCCAGAGCAGCAGGAGGGCUCUGCUCAUUUUCCCGUUUCCCCCGAGCAGGCUGAAUUUUCUCCAGUCCAGUCUAAGCCUCUUUCUCCAUCUCCGGAGCACCCUGGGAAGGUUGAAUCUUUCCCAGGACAACAAGAGGCCACAGCUCAGACUACAGGUCCCCCUGAGGGGGUGGGGCUUUCUUCGGUCCAGGAGGAAGCCCCGGCUCAACCUCCAGAGCCACCUAAGGAGGUUGAGAUGACAGUUGGAACACCAGGACAGAAUCACGCUCAGCAUUCCAGCUCGCCCAGUGUCACUGAUAAACCUUUGGACCUGGGGCUUACUGUGACUCCGGGGCCUCUUACAGAGGCUGGACACUCUGCAGCCCUGCAGCAGACGACAUCUCAUCCAACGUACAUGGAGGUGACACCUCCACAGGCAGAGCAGGUGCCGGCUCAGCAUCCAGCCAUGACUGAGGUCACAGUUCAGCCUUUGGACCUGGAACUUACAUUAAGUCCAGAAUCUAAUAUAGAUGUUAAACCUCAUCCAACCAUGCAGGGGACCCUAACCUUGGCCUCCAGAGCCCCCUCAGCCUUCACUGUAUCAGGAGGUGACAGUUCCAGCACCAGAUCAGGAUCACACUGAGCAUCUAAUGUCAUCUAGUGUCACAGAGAAACCAUUGGAUCUGGAGCUUACCGUGACUUCAGAACCUAUUAUGGAGGCUGAACACUAUAUCUCCCCUUCCAAAACACCCUGAGGUGACACUUGUCCAUUCAAGCAUUGGACUCCAGUCACAGUUCACACUGUGGACCUGGAACUUACUGUAACUGGAGCAUCCAGUGUGGAGGUUGAACCUUCAACAAAGCAAGAGACUCCAACUUAGCCUCCAGAGCCACCUAAGGAGGUUGUUGUUCAAUAUCCACCCCAUCAGAAGGUGACAGUUACAAUUCCAAGUAAGGAUCAAGGUCAGCACCCAACACCGUCCAGCGUCACACCUCAUCACGUAAGCCUGAAACUAGCCAAAACUUCA